UACAUGCGCAUAAAAUAUUUGAGCUUUAAAAAUACAUUGCAAAGUUCAGCUCCAAAGUUAUACGUCUACCAAUACAAAAGUAUGGAUAAACAGGAUCAGUGCAUAGUUGAUACAGUACAUGAUAUUAAAGGUCAAAUUCAGAAUAAAUCUCCAUUCAAAAGAAUAAAGUUUGUUCAAGGAAAUGAAAUUCGAAGAAUUUCGGUGCCAGCUCAUAGAUAUACACCAUUAAAAGAAAACUGGAUGAAAAUUUUUACACCGGUUGUUGAGCAUCUUCAGUUACAAAUUCGUUUCAAUUUAAAAACAAGAAAUAUUGAAUUGAAAACAGCACCAGAAACUACAGACAUAGCAAAUCUUCAAAAAGGUGCAGAUUUUGUGAAAGCAUUUAUUUAUGGUUUUGAAGUUGAAGAUGCACUAGCAUUACUACGUUUGGAUGAUUUAUUUAUCGAAACUUUUGAAAUACAAGAUGUAAAACCUUUAAAAGGGGAUCAUUUAGCAAGAGCUAUUGGUCGUUUAGCAGGAAAGGGUGGAAGAACAAAAUUUACAAUUGAAAAUGUCACAAAAACUAGAAUUAUUCUAGCAGAUGUAAAAAUACACAUUCUUGGUUCAUUUCAAAAUAUACAAUUAGCAAGAAGAUCCAUAUGUAAUUUAAUUCUUGGAAGUCCACCUUCUAAAGUUUAUGGACAAUUACGAAAUAUGGCAGGUAAAAUUGCUCAACGAUUUUAAUAUAAAACUAUUUAUCUAAUUGUAAAAAAACCAAUGUUACACAAGAA